ACUUAAUGUUUUAUUAUUUCAUAUAUCUAUUCAUAUUGAUAUCUUUAUUGAUAUUUAUCGAUAAUAUACUAUCGAUAGAAUGAAAAUAGCUGCUUGACUUUUGCAUCAUUCUAUACAUGCGCAGACCUAUUUAGAAUUUCAUAUCUUGUCGUCAAAUGGAGAAUUUGUCUUUUGAACUUAUAUUCUUUAUAAAUAUUUUUCUAAAUUGAUUUUCUGUGUAAAGAUAGAAUUAUUAUAGAAUUUGUAAUAGUUUUAGAAAUAUUUUUUGUUAUGCAGUAUAUGUGUCAAUCAAAAUAAUGUUAUUGGACAUAUAAUAUUGUAAAUAGGUUAUGUUUAUAUUUUCUAUCGCUAUCAACAGUUAAGUGACAGCACUUAUGAAACAUUAAAAAAUCUAUUGCUUUGUAAUCUGAGGCAGUUUAUAAAUCAUCGUCUCAUUAUGUAAAUUAAUUACAAUUAUAUUUCGAGGUGUUAUAAUAAUAUUUAUUAUAUACAUACAAAAUUGCUAAAAAUCUUAUAACCUAUUUAUAUGGUAUAAAAUGAUAUAGUACUCUAUGCACAUAAUUUUGAUAAUUUAGUGGAUACUAAAUAUGGAGUCGUUUACAUCGUUUAUGGACAUUUUUAGAAGAUGUGUACAAGAAAAUAAUACUGAUGAUCUAGUAGAUUUUUUAAAGGAUAGUCGUAAAUACUUCCAAAGUUUAACGAAAGAAGAGAGCAAGCAAGCAUUAUUGAAUCUUUUUAAUAGCGAUAGUGGAUUGCUCUCUUUUCUCAAGAAUGAAUUUGAUAGGCCAGUAUCACGAAAAAAUUUUGAUAAAGUGGUUAAAGAAGUUUUUCUAAUAAUUGAAUUUAUUAUAGAACAUUUUCAUAUGAUAUUUCAUCAGUAUAUUCUACCAAUUAAAGCUAUUUGUCAAUUGGCACUUAUUAUGCAUUGUUCUGUAAUUAUCAAAAAGGCUGCUUGCAGUACUUUGAACAAAUUAAUAGAAACAUUUGAAGAAAAUAAGCUAAAUUUAGAUGAAACAAUCGAAGAGUUUAUGUCUAAAUUUAAUGAAAAAUAUAAACUCAAUUUCAUUGAAAGAAGUUUCAUCUUCUCUGUUUUUGGAACAAUUGCACAAUAUCAUCCACAAAUUUCACAAUUGCAGAGAUAUAAAAAUAAUAUUUUUAUAUUAUUGUUUAAUGAUUUUAAAAGCCAGUAUAGCCCUUCAUUAAAGAAUCAACGUAAUGAGAUUCAAAUUUAUUUGGAAGUUCUUACUAAUAUCUUAAAUAAUCUUUGUGAAACUGAGGAAAUAGAUUCAGAAUAUUAUGCAGAAUUAUAUAAAUGGAUCAAAUAUCUUAGCAUGCCAAAUGAAAAUUCACCAAAAAAGUAUAUUAUGAGAGCAGCAAUUAUUUUGUUAUCAAGACAUAUGAAUUUAUUUUCUACAUUUGUAUGCAAUGAUUAUGAACAUUGGCAUAUAUUGUUUACUAAUUUAACAAAAGAGAAAGAUACAAAUGGACAAUGUGGGCAACAAGCAUUGAAAGCCUAUUACAAUAAUUUUGAAAUUAUGUUAAGAUCUAGUGAUGAAGAAAAAAAUAAAACAAUGUUUCUGUAUUUUAAAAAUCUUCUUAAAGAACAACUAAUGGAUCCUGCAUUAGAUCCAAAUUCAUUAAGACUUGUAGUAUAUGGAUUUAGUAAAUUGGCUGCUCCUUGUAAAAGAUAUUUUAGUAAUGAAGUUAAAGAUAUGUAUUUACUUAUUGCUCGCUAUGCAGUUCCUUUGUGUUUGAGAGAAAAUGUGGAACAUACACAAUUUGAAAAUAUCAAUGAUUACCAAGAAGCAUUAUCAGAAAUACUUCUUUACGUAUCAGAUGUGUCCAUUGGGCAAAUAAAACUUCUGAUAAAAAUUAGUGUUUUUUCUAUUAAAAGAUAUCCUGAUUUCUCUGGGAUGCGUAAAACUUAUGUAAUUUCGUCUUUAAUAAAAACUAUAAUUAAUAUAGCUUCUAUAAACAAAAUAUUAUUAGAUGAAUUUCUUUAUAAUAUAAUUCUUGAUGGUAUUGUGUGGACAUGCUCACACACAUUGCAGAUUGAUGCUGAAUUGCAACGUGAGCUACAUAAUCUUUCAGAAUGUCCAAUUUGUUACAAGAAUUAUUUACCUUUGUGGACUGAAUUGCUGAAACCAAAUAGAUACAAAUAUGGAAAAAUAUUAAUAGCACAGCAAGUGUUUGAUAAAAUAAUAAACGUCUAUAUUAUGUUACUAACUAAAAUAAAUUUAAAUACUAAGAUAAAGGAAGAUUGUAUUCUUUCUGACGCAGCUUUGUCUCAAAUUGCUGAAAAUGAAACAGAUUUCAGGAUAUUUCUUAAUAUGGUGGAUCUUAUGAUAGAUAUAAUUGACCAGAUGGAACCGUUUCUGUUGAAAAAUACAAUACAUAAAUUUUUAUAUGAAAUUAUUAGAAUGUCUUAUAGAUAUCCUUUGAUAUCAGGAUUUUACAAAUUAGUUCAUGCAAUCAUAAAGAAUUCUGAAAUAUUUGCUCUGGAUAAUGAAGAUGAUAAUGAUACAGAAAUACGAGAAUUAGUGCAUAAAUAUUUGAUAAAUACUUUAGAUCAGAUAAUUUCUUUUUCUAAUGAGUUAUUCACUGCUUGUCUUUAUUUAAUUAUGUGUAUGCCAAUUACUUACGUUGCAAACGUAUUGAAUCGUACGAUUCCUACAUUCAAAAUUGCUAUUAUGAUGAGUUUGAAUGAUUUUGACCUUGCUUCUGUUAUACUUGAUACUUUAGAAAAAUGGAUAUCUCAUUUAAAUCGAGAAGAUACAAAGGAUUUCUUAUUAGAAAUAAUACCAAAUUUAGAAUUAUUUUUACAAAGCAAGGAAAGUUCUACUGAAUUAUUACAAGAUAUUAUAAAGUCUGAAAGAAAAGUUAUUAAACAUAUAACUCUAAUUGAUAAUGACAACACAUUGGAAAGCCUUCAAAGAAGAAUCCUUUUAUUCUUUGGCUCAUUGGAUUGUAAUGUUUUAUCAGAUGUUGUAUAUAGAAGAGCUUUAAACACAGGAUCAACUUGGGAUAAGAAAGAUUUACUGAAAUGUACAUUGCUUUUUCCAGAUUUGAGUGUAGAGUUUCAUUUUGAUAAAAUUUUUCCCAGAUUGAUAACAUUAGCUCAAAGUUCUGGAGAUAGACGCACAAAAGUAAUUGCAAGUGAAUUACUUCAUAAAAUGGUUUCAUUUAUUCUUGGUAAAACAAAACAACAUUUAAGAUUAGAAGAUAUAGAUCGUUUUGCUACUUUAUAUGAAGCAUUAUUUCCAGUAUUACUUGACCUUAGUUGUGAUUCUGAUGAAGUUGUGUGGAAACUUUUUCAACCUUUAAUGAUACAAUUGUCGCAUUGGUUGAGUUCACAAUUUAUGUCCAACUCACUUGCAACCGAUCUGUUUAUAAAUUCACUUUUUAAUGGUUUAUGUAAUAAUGGAAAGUCAUCUGUCAGAGAAUUUUCUGGCUUAUGUUUAGCCGAAUUUACAAAUUGGUCUUUGAGACAAUUAUCAAAGAUGAACGAACUCAAUAUUUAUGUUAAUAGUAUCAUAACAAAAAUUACUAAUUUUGCAAUACAUCCUUCUAAGUGCAAACGUAUAGCAGCAGCUACUGCUUUUAAUCAUCUUUAUAGAUUUAUGCGUGAACAUGAAGAAAUAAUUACAACAUAUUGGUUAGAGCUAUUAUAUUGCUUUAUUAAAAGUUUAGAAGAAUGUAAUGAUAUUUCAAUUCAUAAUGCUCUUAACCAUAUCAAUAAAGUCAUACAAAUUAAAGAAGAUUUAUUGAAUGAAGAUCAUCCACAAUGUAGAAAACCAUCUGCAUUUACAGGAAGAACAUUAACUGAUGCAGUUAAUUGGUUAUUUACCCAAUGUGGAUCUUUGGAUCCAAAUUGCAGACAAAAGAGUAUGGAAUUGUUUGUUCAGAUUUCUAAAUGUCUUUUUAUUUAUAAUUCACCAAUAGAAUUUAUUGAAUCUUAUAUUGAGAAAAAUGGAAUACAAGCAAUUAAUUGUAUAAUAUUAAAAGAUUUAAAAUUAAAAGGAGAAGAUAUUUCCUUUCAAAAUAUGUUAUUGCUUUUGAAAAGUUUGGAUUGUUAUAUGUGGUUGAUAAACAAAAAAUUAAUCGAUAUAAAUUAUUUAUUCACUGAUAUAAAUCCUGAGAAAGAUGUUAUUUUCGAUUAUAUAAAAAAUUUUAUACACUUACUAUUGAAAGUUAAGAUACAAACAGAAGAUAAAGUAGUAAUUUCUAAAGAAGUUGAACAAUUACAAACAUUGCAAUGCAAAAUUAUAAUGACAAUAUUCGAUUUUAUUAAAAUUCUUCUCAAUUUAAAUAGUAAUAUUAUACCUGAUUUUUUUCUCAAUGAAGAACUAUUUGAAUUAAUAGCUAAAUGUGUAAUAUGUCCACAAGUAUUAGGAUUUGACAUGAGAAAUAUUACAAUAAAAGAACAAUUACCAUUAUUAUUGGAACAGUUACUACAAGUACUUGUACAAAAAAUGAAUGAAUCAUUACAGUAUUCUUUUAAAAGAAAAAUAGAAAAUUAUGUAAUGAAACAUUGUACUACUUUUUUGACUUUACAUAGAAAUAAUGAUACAAUAUCUACAGAAAUCAAGGAAUAUGUGAAAGGUCUUAUUAUAUUAGAAAAUUGUAAUAUUCUUUCUCAAUUGUGUAAGGAUCAAAAAACUUUCGAAAAUUUAGAACAUAAUGUUGAAUAUAUUUUUAACUCUUUGUCAAAAAAGGAAGCUGGAAUUUUGGUUUGUGUUAGUUUCCAUUCACAAACAAUAGAAUAUUUACAGAGUGUGAUGGAAUUGUUUCUUACAAAUUGUAAGCCAUCAAUGACAAAAAAAUUAAUAAAUUUAAUUGGAAACAAUGAUAUGUUGUUUGGACUAGAUUCUAUAGAAAUAUCAUAUGGAGAAUAUUUUUUGAGUACAUUUAAAGAUAUCAUUUUUGGAUAUAUUUUAAAAGAUAUAGAAGAAACUAUGACAAUUCUUGAAAAUCUAUUACAAACAAAUACAUCUUUUGCAUUAAUUAUGUUAGAAGAAUUAAUGCUAUUUACACAGCAUCACAAAAAUAAAUUUAAAGAUAAUAUAGAACCUUUAGUAACUACAAUCAUAAAAAAAUUCAUUACUUUAAACAGAGCUGUAAAUAAUAUUGAGAGCAGAAAAGAGAAACUAAUUAACAUAUAUGGAAUUUCUGUGCAUUUAUUGCAGGAUCCUAUAAAGGUUGUGCAUAUGUCAGAAUAUUUUUAUCAAUGGAUUCUAAAAGAAUUCGCAACAGAAAAAAUAGAUAUUGAAUAUAAGACUAAACUUCUAGAAAAUUUCCUUGUGUGUUUAACAGAUAUGUCAUCUACAUAUAAACCUGAAUUAGUUACUAUUCUGCACACAUUAAGAAAAGAUAGACUUUCGAUAUCGCAAAACAUAUUGUCUAAACAUAGUAUAGAUGCAAUGAAAAUUAAAAAUUGUUUCUAUAUGCUAUUAACUCUAUUACCUAUUACAAAAUCGUUAAUAGUUUUUGAAACUAUAAUUUUCUUUGCUGCAGGUGGUGGUGAAUAUUUGUUCACUGAAAAAUUACAGGAGUGUAUGAAAAAAUAUUUUAAUACUAUUCCUUGUAAUUGUGUUUUAAAAUCAUUAGAAAUGUGUUAUAAAUACUUUAUGGAUCUUAACAGUUUUGGAAAUGAUAGCUCCAGUAGAUUUGACAUUUUGCAAAAGUUUCUUUUACCAAUAUUUCAGUUUUGCAACAUAACUGAAAUUGAACAAUUUUAUGAGAACAAUAUUAAAGAUAUUUAUACAAUCAUUACCAAAGAUCUUAUAGGUAAUAAUAUAGAUAAACAACAACUUAUUAUAUCUACAAUUGGAUGUUAUGAACUUGUUGCUAUUAUGUUUGCAAAAAUAGAUAUACUAAAAAUAACUGGUGUUGAAAGCAAAAUUACAAGAAAUGCUAUUGAUGACAUUAAUACUGGUAAAGAACUUUUAUUAGAAUUAUAUAAAAGUACUGUUCAUGUAAGAUCAUUGAGAACAGAUAAUCCAGAACAUAAGGAAAUUAUGCGAUUAUUGCAGUGUUCUGCAUAUAACUGUUCCAUAGCAAUUGUAAGUUUAAAAGAUGAAGAAGAAGCAUAUAUGAGUGUAUUUGGUGAAAAUAGAAGUAAAAAUAUGCUUAUAUGGGAAAAUAUUAUCGAUUUGGAUAAGAAAUAUAAUAUUCAACAAACUAUUGAAUAUUAUUCUAAAAAUCAAAAAAAGCUAAUUAAUAUAAGAAAUUUCGUGAACCAACAAUUUAAUAUGAAAGAAAGGAAUUAUUCAUACAUUUAUAGCUACAACAUAGCUGAAUCAACACUCAAUGAAGAUUUAAAUGUUUAUGAUUUAAAUGAAACUAAUAUUAUUCAUAAAUCUAAUAAUAAUAACAAAGAAGAAAGUAUGAGCUUAUUGUUUGAAUCUGAUGAUUUGAACGAUCAUGAAUGUAUGCCAUCUAUUUGUGGAGUACUAAUACAUAUGAUAUCUAAAGAAAUUUACAAUAUUUCCGACAAAGAUAAUCUCUCAUUGCCUAAAUUAUUAAAAUGUUUCCAUGGUUCUAUGUUAAUUCAAGGCAAUAAUAAUAUCAGAUUGUUUAUGUUAAAAGUUAUAUUGAAUACCUCACAGCUGUUUGAACAUUAUGCAAAAUUUUUUCUUCUUCCAGUUAUGGUUACUAUUAAUUCAUAUUUAAACACAAACAAGUUAAAUUAUAUUAUUACUGAUGCUUUAUUGACAUUAAUAGAUUGGCAUAAAGUUGCCAUACCUAAUGAAACUAAAGAGAAAGUAUACGCCCAAAAACUGUUUGAAGGACUUCUUCAAAAAGUACUAAUAUCUGACGAUAAGAAUACACGAAGAGCAAUUUAUAAAUAUAAUGUUAAUAUUAUUAGAAUGAUGGUUAAAGUUUGGCAGCCAUGUUUAAAAGUUCCAACAAAUUUAAAUGAAAUAAUGAUAAAUACACCUAAAGCAGCAAUUCAUCUGAUAUUAAUAUGUUUAGCUAACAAUAUGCAUGCAGAAAUUAUUUAUAGAGAUGAUAUUUUGGAAUUUCUACAGAAAAUUGUUGAAAAUUGGCAAACAGAUGAAGAAAUGAUUUUACAAAGUUGUGAAGCUCUUGGAAUAAUAUUUAAAUUUUUUAAAAGUGAUGUGAAUUAUUCUACUAAAUUACAUGACAUUGCUGAAAAAUUACGAAGUUUUUUUCGACAGAUGCAAAUGAAAUUUGAAAAUAGACAAAUUAGGUGUAUUCAGGCUCUGUGUAAGAAUUAUCCAGAUCUAGCCAUAGAAUAUAUUGAAUUUAUUACACUAAAUAUGUCCAGAGUUGAUUCUAUGGGAAAAGCUAUUUGUCUAGAAUUAUUUUUGUUAACAAUUCCAAAACUUUCUAAAGAACAAAUCAUAAAGGAACUUAAUUACAUCAAGUUCCACGAUAUAUUAAAAAACCGAAUUGCACUUCGUGAAAAAAUAGCACUUCAAAUUAUACAUGCAUUAGUUCUUAUAUUAGAACCAUUGGAUCUAUUGCCACUUGCUAAGUUGGUUUCUCCAUAUGUAAAACAUGAUUUUUCAGAAUAUAGGGAGAUAGUUUACAAAAUCUUCAUGAAUAUAUAUAAUAGAUAUUUAAAAAUUACUCCAUAUGAUAAUAAUAUAGAAGAGUUGAUGUAUGUAAGUAAACAAAUUCUACUUGAAGGUUUAUUGGAUCCUGCUAUAGAAUUACAAACUAAGAUAUUAAAUUUUUGGACAGAAGAUAACAAUUUAGCAAACAAAACAACAGAUAGAUUGUUAGAAAUUUUGAACAUAUAUUCACCCAAUAUAGAAGAUGUUUUUCUACCAUUUAUAUCACUUACAAUGUUGCAUCUUCUAACAAAGACAGUUCAGUAUAAAAGUAAAAUGUUCGAUCCUUUAACUACAUGUGUUUAUAAAAAUUAUGAAAUUGUUCCAUCAUGGAAAAUAAAAAAUGUAGGAUCUGUUGCACCAUUAUUUGCUUCUUCGUUGGCAAGUCAGAUGACUCAAGUAUUUACUCAAACAAUAUCUUCAAUAGAUAAUUUUGAUUAUUUUUAUACAUCAUCUCAAAAUAGUAACAUCAACAUAAAGUUACGUGCAACAGAAGAUCCACAAUUUGAACCGACAUAUCUGGAUGAAGAUCGCGCCAACCAAAUGUUUUUGAAUGAUAUGCAAUACGAUAGGAAUUUACAAACAUCUAAGAUUUUACAACCUGCUGAUAAUAAACGAUCACAAAGAUUUGUAGCCAAUCAAUCUGUUAUUAUAGAUUUUAUAAAACAGAAAGAAAUAACAAAAAAUUCACAACAUGCUGAAAUGAUAAAAAAGGAAGCAAUAAGACAAAGGAAUAGUGUAAAGUUAUGCAGGGAGUAUAGAUUAGGUGACUUUCCUGAUAUUGAAAUUACUCUUUCCGAUUUAACUGAAUCACUGCAAAACUUAAUCAAAAAGGAUCAACUGAUUUGUAAAGACAUAACAGUUACUAUGUUUAGUUCUUUUAUAGAAGCUAUUAAAAAUCAACAGGAUACAAAUAUUCUCAAUGAUAUUAUUUCAAUCUUAAAACAAAUAUUAUGUAACUGUCAAGGAAGAUCUUCCCUCAUGGCUGCAGUGUUAGAAACAAUGUUUUCAUGUCAUAUAAUUGACUGUUCUCCUGACAUUACAGCAAAGAUUUCUAAGGCAAAUAAUUUUAAUUCGAUUGCUACACUUCUUUUAGAAGAAAAUUUAAUAUAUUAUUCAGAUGAUACACCACCACCUCAGAAAAGAAUACAUUUGAUUGAAAAUGAAAUUAAUGAGCAGACUAAUAAAUGGAUACAAUUAGCGAAACUUUAUGAAUCUAUGAAUGAAACUGACAUUGUUUUAAGCAUUUUUCGAGAUAAAAUUGAUAAUAAACAUUUACAGGAAUCAUCUUUUGCACGAGUUACAUCUGAUUGGAUAAGAGGAAAAUCUGCAUAUGAAACUGUCUAUACAUUAGAAACAGGAUUAAUUAAAGAACACUGUCUCCAAGGUUUAUUCGAAUGCUUGAGUCAUUUGUCAGAUUGGGACGAAAUUAAUAAAUAUAUAAAAGAUAGAUUGGAUAAAAAUUUUGAAAAUAUUUGGAAUGAUACAUGGAAAAAUUGGAUGUUUCCAUGGAUGUUUCAGGUGUAUGUACACAAAUCAUUACUUUCAGGUGAAAGUUUAGAGUUUAAUGAAUUUAAAGAAGUUUUAAACGUUUGGUUUGAAGAUGAACAGAAAUUAAGUUAUAUUAAACGUAAUUUUGGAGAAGAUAUAGCUUUAUUUUUUUUAAAUGAAGACCGAACCGUUGCUCAUGAUUUUCUAAAUGCUGCUCUUGAUGAACUAAGAGAAGAGUGGAUACAUCUACAUCCACUAUCAGUUCAACUUAAAAAAAAGAAAUUGGAAAAACUGCAUGGAAUCAGUGACAUUGAUCUAUUUUUAAAAUAUUUGAAAGUCUCAGAAACUACUCAAGGUGCACAAGAUUUACUAAGAUUUUGGUCUAAGAGUAUUCCUUCAAUACAAGAUGACCUUCUCUUAUGGAAUAAACUGAUUUUGUAUAGGACAAACUUUACACCUCUGUAUAUAAAACAUAUAACAAGUAUAAUGGAAACUGAUACACAAAGUGAUGAAGAAUAUAAGUAUAUUAAUGAAUUACAGAAUAUUUCUUAUCAAUUAUCACUUGAUAUGAUUAAUAUGUCUAUAAGUUACAGAAAUAAAUCUAUAGCAAGUGAACAUUUUUCCUUUCUGAAGAAACAGAUUGAUUUCUGUUCACCACAAAUUAAGCAUAAAUAUAUAUUAACUACAGCUAGACUUAAAUACCUAAAAGGAGAAGAUGAAUCAGUUAUUGACAAAAAAUUAUCUUAUUAUGUUUUUUCAUGGAAAUAUUCACAUAAAAUAUUAUAUCAAAAUAAUCUUGAUAUUUUGCUACAUAUUGCUACUAGACAACAUAUAAGUAUGUUAGCUACAAGAUUUGUACAGUUAAGUUAUGAAAAUGCACAAUUUGCUGAUAUAUUAUUUAAAAAUGACAUAAUCUUAAAAGAACUAUGUGUCGAAUUCAGCAAUAUUGAGAAUAUAAGAAAUCUAUUGGAAUCUUAUAGCUUUAAUAAAAUAAAAGAAUGUUGUAGCAUUGGAAAUAAAAAAGAUUGUUAUUUUAUUUUGUCAAAAUAUUGUUAUGAUCAACUUUGUAAAUUUUCUAAUAAUAUUAAUUUUUUUAAAGAAUUUGUUAAUUCUACAUUAAAAGCAAUGAGCUAUGGUUCAGUAGAUGCAGCACAUUAUUUUCCUUGUUUAUUGAAAUAUCAGUAUUUGAAUAAUGAUGAAGUUAAAGAGAUUUUUAUAAGCAAUACUAACGAAAUUCAGUCUUGGCUAUUUCUUAGAUGGCAGGCACAAUUAUUUUCUCAUCUAGGGACAUCAAUAGCAGAUUUGAUCAUACCGAUUAUUGAAAGAAUUAUUCAAGAUUAUCCAAAUGCUCUUAUAUAUACACUUCGUUUAACAAUACAAACGAAUCCGAGUGUCAUGAAUGAUUCACGAAUGUAUAAAAUCAGGCAAUUUCUGUACGAUAAUCGAGAAUUAGAACAAUUUCUUGAGGCAAUGCAAUAUGUAGUUCAACCAGAAUCAUAUUUACAGUAUUAUCUCCAUGAAUGUAUUAAAAAUUUGUCCAAGGGUCCAGCAACUGCAAUUGAUAUGUUGUUGAAAAAAAUUUAUCCAUCUUCAAGAAAAAACAGAAAUGAACCAAGACCAGGAAAUACUUAUGGUAUCUUUAAAAAUAGUAAAUUUAAUUUAACACGACUUGAAACAAUGAAAGACGAGAAAGAAAUUCGUCAAUAUUUACAAAUUAUAAAUGAAACUCUGAAACAAUCUUUUAAAGCAAGGAAAAUCAGUACAUUAUUGAAAGAUUAUAGUCCGUGGUUAUGUGAGUUUAAUGAAAGUCAUUUAGAAGUACCAGGACAAUAUACAGGCUAUAGAAAACCCAUGCCACAAUAUCAUACUAAGAUUAUGAAAAUAGAACCAAUUGUAAAAGUUAUGGAAUCAUUACGUAAACCAGUUCGUAUCACUAUAGUAGGAGAUGAUGCAAAGGAUUAUAUGUUCUUAAACAAAUUUGGAGAAGAUUUAAGACUCGAUCAAAGAUUACAACAAACUUUUUCAAUCAUAAAUAAAACUUUGAAUACUGACAUAGCUUGUAAACAACGUCAUUUAUUUAUUGAUACUUAUCAAGUAAUUCCACUAUCAACAUCAUUGGGACUUAUACAAUGGAUUAAAAAUACUAAACCACUACAAGAUUUAAUUUCUUUUACUAUUCCUGAAAAUAAACGUCUUCAUUAUGAAACCAUUGAAACAGACUACACUGCAUGGAUUAAAAAGGCUGGAUCUUCUGGAAAGUUAGCAGUACAAUAUAAAGAAGCAACUUUAAAAUAUGAUGCUAAUGCAGUUACUAUACAAAUGAAUAAACUGAUUGCUAAAACAGAAUGGGAUUUGUUGCGUAAAACAUGCAUAAUACUAUGUCCAUCGCCAGAGAGUUUUAUAACAUUCAGACGAAAUUUUAUUACUAGUUAUGCCACAAUGUGUGCUGUACAUUGGAUUUUGGGUAUUGGAGAUCGUCAUUUAUCAAACAUUUUAAUUUCAAUUGGAUCAGGGAAAUGUUUAGGUAUCGAUUUUGAUCAGGCUUUUGAUGCUGGCAUUGAUUCAAUGAUACCUCAACUUAUGCCAUUUCGCUUGACACCUCAAAUUCUUGGACUUUUAAAACCAUUUACUGAAAAGGAUCUCUUUGGAGCAACAAUGAUUCAUGUUUUAAAAGCUUUGCAAUGUGAUAAGAGUGCUAUUCUUGCAUGUUUAGAUGUUUUUAUACAUGAACCUUUAAAUUGGACAGAAAGUGUUAAUAAAGCAUUGGAAAGAGUUGAAGAAGUGAAUACAGAUGUGAAAUGGCUACCACAGAAAAGAAUAAGUAUUGUGGAAAAAAAAUUGAAUGGCAAUAAACCAUCAAUAAUAACAUUGGAACAAUUGAAGGAUCUAUAUAGUGAUCAAUAUUUUGAUAGAUAUUAUGUAAUAGUUAAUGGCAAUGAUGGCAUUAAACGUAUUCGUUUCAAUAUGAGAGAUGAUAAGUUAACAGCAGAAGAACAAGUUGAAUGUUUAUUAGAUCAAGCGACAGAUUUAAAUAUUUUGGGUCGUACCUUUGUUGGUUGGAAACCAUGGCUAUAAACCAAUAUAAAUAUUAGAAAUAAAUUUAAUAAAAUCUAAUAUAGUAAUAGAAUAAGAUGCUUC